CGUUGACUACUUUCAUUCAUUCAGUCUCGUGAUUUUGUACGCGAAUGGUACUUUUCGUUUCGUUUCUCCGCAGUCAAAUCAGCUAACAGUUUAAAAUUUAGUCAAGUGAUUAGAAGUUUGAAAAAAAGUUUCGGCGGACAAAAAACGGAAUCCAAAUUCUAGAUUCAAUACUCCGCUCUGUGCUUGUUUCGUUCGUUUUUGUUUUCUAACGUCUUUAUUUAAUUUAUGAAUAAUGAUCAAAAGUGUAAUUGUUUCUUGGAAAAGUACCAAAGUUAUGUACAGAAGUUUCAAAAUUAAACUCUGGACGUUUUUCAAAUAAAUACUAGAAACUGUAUGUGUAAAUAGUGACAUAAUGGUGUACCAAGAAAAGUUUAAAAUUAACCAAAGUAGGACAUCUUAUUAGGGUAAUAAAACAAUUCAUAGAAUGCAGCAUUGUAACUAUUAACUACCCGUCGGCUGACCCCGAGCGCCAUGCUGUUUGACGCUGUUCAGAAUGGUGACUUAGAAAAAUUGGAGACGCUGCUCGACAGCGGCGCCGAUGUGAACAUCCGAGAGGAGAAGUUUUUCAAUACCGCCCUGCACCGGUCAAUUUUUGCCAAGGCGAACCGAUUAGAGCUGGUUGAUUUGCUAAUCAAUCGCGGUGCCGAUUGCAAUGCGUUAAACAAGAAAUAUCAAACUGCCGCGGAGUUGGCCCUGGAGAAGAAGCAGGAUGAGUUGGCUAAGCAUAUGAUCCUGCGGGAAACCGAACGCAUCGAUAAUCACCUUGCGUACUACCUGCUGAUCCGACGGGGCAAUCUUCAGCUAUUUGAGUUCCUCAUUUCGAUUAAGAAACUAAAGUACGAAGAUGAAAUCCAAAUCAUCGCCCGAGCUUAUGCGGAACUCAAGCUUAAAAAUGUCCCGUUAAAAGAGCACAUGGAAGCGUAUCUAAAUGAAAUUCUUAUCAAUCAUGACUACUGGCUAAUCAAUUCUUCCACUGGAGGUCGCGGCAAGCAGGGCAAAGAUCGAAUUCAUAACGCACACCGCAUUCGGGAAAUUGUGGCAAAUGUUCAACAACUGUCUGCGGGCUACAGCAACUACAAUCUCAUGGAUGUGGACAGCGUCUUCCUGCUACGGCUGUCCUACAUUUUGGAGAACAUCUUUCUCAUUCGGAAUCACUUCAAAGAAUUGCCUCUGCAUCACGUUGAGUUUUGCAUCGGAAUAUUUCUGCACAUUUGGAAAAGCCCUCCACAUUACGACAUCUACAAGUUGCUAAUAGACAAGCUGCAGCUACUAGCCUAUUUGCAGGCAAUCGCCAGCGAAUUGAAAAAGGUUCUUGCGCUUCCGUGCUACCCUGAAGCACUGUUUCCGUCUAACGCUUCACCCUCCAAGCCGCUUUCCCGGAUCCUAUGGACCCCAGAGCUGAACCAAGAGUUGAUGUUUUGCUACUACGUGGUUACUUUGGGUGGAAAGAAUACAACCGGUUACCGUGCUCGACUGCACGAUGUUUGGUGCGUCCGGCAGCCAGCGUACGAUCAUCUAACGGUACAAAAUCUGCUCCAUCAGUUGCAGCGAAUUCGGCGGGAAUAUCUGCUAUCGGAUGACGCUUGUCGCGGGCUCUACUUGAAAGCUCGUGAGUAUCGGUUCGAUUAUCACUGCUCGCAGACAAGGCCGCUGAAGGUGUCCGAUCGGAAUCGAAAGGUGUUUCGGAAGCUUGCUAAGAAUUACAGUAGAAUGAAGGAAUUGCACACGAUCAAUCGGGCGCUGCGCUAUGUGGACUCCGUCGUUGACAUGAAAUUUAACGCUGGCAGGGGAGUUGAUGUUUUAGCUAUGAAACGAGUCGUGCAGGUGUUGGAGGAAACUGUGAGGAACUGUAAAGAUACCCCCCAUGUUGGGAAGCAUUUCGUUAGCAUACUGAAUAUCAUUACCCCAAGAUAUCUUCUGACGGAUACAAAAAUUCGUCACUAUCUGUCACACAGUCGGGGAGAUUUCUCCUCCUUGCUGGAGGCUGCUGGAGGGGAAAUGGACUACGCAGAGCUGCACCGUAAUCUUAGGAUAUUAAGAAAUCUCUUGUUGUACGUUCGUAAUUUAAAUUACAUUUUAACCAUGAAAGCGCUAAUGAAUCGCUUGUAUGACUGUAAAUGCUUGGAGGAAAUUAAAUCGUACUAUGCUUACAUUCUUCGUCAUAAUUCGAGCGAAUUUGUUAAGGAUCUAGAAUUUGCACCGUUUCUUUUGCUUGAGAUUAAGACCAUUCUUGAUACAAUAUUGGAGCAACAAAAAAUGUGCGGUUUGAAGAUAAGCGAUCAUAUCAAAAAGGUGAAAACACGUCUACACGAAGAGAUUGAUGGUUACAAAAUGCUGCACCAACAGUUUUGUAACACGGUUCUGAUGGCCGAUAGCAUAAUAGCCAAGUUAAAAUCAAACAACAAUUUCGAGAAAAUUCGUCAUCUGCUUAGGUCUCACCUGCGAGCGGUUCAGUUAAGUCAACAAGUGGACAGUGUGUUACUAACUAAUCUUAAGUCAAAUUUUGUGGCUUUUCUCCAUGAAGAUUUGGGUUCGAUUGGUGACGAAAAAUUGCAAUCCAGGUUGACUCUUCUAGUGUGUAGAAUUUUGUACGCUCUUGAAAACCACUCAAUUCGCCACCAAAUUUCCGAGUUUGAUCUUUCGCUUCAAAUUCGAACUGACACGUCGCCGGAUCUGGAUGAUGAUUGGGUUUCUACGAAACCGAAGAACAUGAAUGCAACAAAACACCGAGCCAAACGAAACGACCUCCAAGAACGUCAGAAGCUUGUGGAGGAAAAGAUUCAACAGCUGCAAAGUCUUUUCCUCGAUACGAAUAUGAACAUUCGGACGUUCGAUCGCAUCGAAGGGAUUGCCUUCGAAAUGGCCAUGCUGGAAGCAACCUGGGCGUUGUCUGCCAAGCUCCUGAACAAUGCGGAAAGCCUAUCGAACCAUGUCCCCGUGUUAACCGGACGAAACCUACGCAACUACCUGACUCACGGUAGUGUCGUGUACGAGGUCCUCAUACCGAACAUCGGCCCGAAAACGAUAGUUCAGAACGCACUCAGUAUAAUUAAACUAUCGAAAAAUAUAAUUUCGGAAAUUUAUGAACGACGAACGUGGAAUUUUAAUGACCGACUGGAAUGUAUUCGGCAGCAGCGUGACGUUCUGGAUGGGUUUCGCCUUCAAAGUUGCGAUGAGAUACGCGACACCAUAACGAAGAGUCAGUACCUGAUCGGAAGGGAUCACCGGGGCUUUGGGAUCAUUGAUCAGUUGGUACGGACGCAGAGUUGUCUGCUGUUGGGGCAUUUGCUCGAUCUGGAGAACACCGAUGAACUGUUGAAGAUUCUGUCCUACCUGAUGGAAGAUAUUAGGGUCGCUUCGUGGGAGGUGAAAUUUCAUGAUAUUCUAACGGAUUUCGGUUCGAGAGUUCGGUUCUGCUUUGAGCUAGCGUUGCUUAGCAACGAAGAGGAUGUGGUAUUGAAGGUCGUCUCGGACUUCGGGUACAAUCAGAUCGACUCAAGCUCGAUGAUCUUCGGAUUUGAUCAGUUGUUUACCAGUUUUUUGGAAAAUCGUCCUGAUUAUGAUGUUAAUACGGAGGCGAACGCUGAAAUCUUACAGUGCGCUGUUAUGUCCGGGAAUGUGGAGCUGCUGAAUUUACUGCUUGAUCAGUGUGACGAUCUCAACCAGCGGGAUGCGUUGAAUCUUACCCCGCUGGAUGUUGCCUGCAAGCUGAGUAACCUGGAGAUGAUCAAAACUCUGACUAAUGCCGGAGCGAGGUGGUACACAAACGACCACAGCCAGUACGGGUGGCUUUUCCUGAACAAUGAUCAUGAAGCGAUUAUUUUUCUUAAAAAUAAUGAUCUUUUAAGCGAGAAAAUUGCGAAAAGUUGUAUUGAACUCUUUCUACGAUUCUGCGACGAUGAUAAGGAGGAAAUUGUUGAGUUCAUGUUGAACUACGUGGAUUAUUCGGGGCUUUAUCCGGUGGCUGCCUGCUACAGGCGGAUGCAGGUGUUAAGUUUUAUGCUUGCGAAUGAUUCGAACGUCGUGGUUAAUGUGAAUCGGAAAGAUUGCGAUGGUUUUAGUGCUCUGCAUAUUUCCAGUAGAAAGGGAUAUCGGAAUGUUGUUCAAUUUUUGCUGGCUAACCAUGGAAAUCCCAACAUCUUGGACACUGAAGGAAAUACAUCACUUCAUUUGGCUGUUGAAAAUCGGGAUGCUGGACUAGUCAGGCUGCUGUUGAGAUACGGCGCGAAAGUUGAUGUCGUGAACCAGCAAGGAAAGACUCCACUGGAUUUGGCUGUGUCGAAGGGAAAUUUACGGAUCAUAAAAUCUUUGUUGAACCGUCGUCAACCCAAUCAGAUAGUUUUACUCCCGGAAUCAAUUCAUUCCUUGGACAUUCUCUGCUUGUUAAAAAGUGCGAAUGUACAGUACAAUGUAGAACAACCUGGAGAAAAUGUCUUUUGUGAUUCGCUAACGCCUCUGCAUAGCACAACAAAUGAACAAAGAAUGCGUAUCCUAUUUUGUUUUCUAGAUGUGGACAUUCAAACACCUAGAUUUUUGGAUACUCCUCUGCAUUCAGCGUGCUUGUCAAACUCACUGACCGCAGUUCGUGCUUUGCUUAAGCACGAUGCUAAUCCUAACCUCUACAACUCCAACAAUUUUUCACCGCUCCAUCUGGCCGUAAUGAAUCAGCACUUAGGCAUCGUACAAACUCUUCUUGCUUGUGCACGGCCACCUCCGGAGGAACUUCUAAACUCAGCCCUUCUGAUAGCCGUUGGUAAGGCGAAUCUUCCAAUGAUGGAUUUGUUGUUGGAACACGGAGCAGACAUCUCUCUGUUGCGAUUAAUAGCAAAACAACCGCAGAAAAAUUUACUCCACACAGCUGCCCGAGAGGGCUUCAUUCGCAUUCUACAGUACCUCCUGCAGGAAGGAAUCUGCGAUUCCAACGACGAAGACUCAACCGGAUCAACACCGAUCUUCCAAGCCAUUAUCAGUGCAAAUACUGCAGCAAUCGACACGCUUCUACAGUUCGGAGCUGACGUGAGUCACACCAACAAAUACGGCCGAAACGUGAUCUCGACGGCGACGAUGUUCGAUCAUCUGGACAUCGUGAAGUACUUCGUGAAUAACUUCCCGGAAAUCGUAAGCUACGUUCUAUCGCCUCAGGUGGGCCAAAACACGUCGCUCCACAUAGCCGCGCUGAAGGAAUCCGAACCCAUGGUUAGCUACUUCAUCAAAUUGCACCAAGAUAAUGGCUUCCACCUGAACGGCCAAAAUCAGGAAGGAUUCACCGCCAUCCACAUAUGCGCCCAAACUGGAAACGAGCGAAUUUUCUGGCUACUGUUGAAGCACGGAGCGAACCCCGCAAUUCCACUGACCAACGGUCAGUCCAUCCUGCAUACAGCCGCUUCCAACAAUCAUCUGAACAUCGUACGAAUUGGUCUGGCCCGCUCACUGAUCGACGUGAACGCGUUGGACUGUAGUCGGCGCUCGAUUCUACACUACGCUGUAUUCUCGAAAAACGCCGCUGUCAUCCGGGAGAUUCUGAGAAUACGUGAGCUGCAAACGAAUCGCUCGGAUUGUAACGGUGAUACGGCGCUGCACCUGGCAGCCGAAAAUCAAUACAUUGACAUUUUCAAUCUGCUACAGAAGCGGGUUGACAAUGAGUUGCGGAACCGCAACCGGAAGCGGGCUAUCGAUGUUCUGCUGAGAAAGUAGAAUUGCUACUACCAUACAAUAGAGAAUUGUAAAUAAUCACUAAUUUAAAAACAAAAAACUUUAUGAAAUUGUGUCAUACGUGUGACUCUGUGUACAUUCUUAGGAAAUGAUGUAAUUAUAGACUAGAUAUUUUCCACACUGACGGCUCGCACGAUUGGAAAUGGAUGAAUGUUGCUUAUUUUUGGAUAUUUAUUUAAAGAUUCAUUUCAAUUUUUAAGUUAUCAUAAAUGUAAAUAAGUAGGAUUAUUUUUUCUCACUUUCAGUGCAAUCGUAAUUUAGUUAGCAACCUAGAACAGAGUAUUAUUUCGUGUGUUCCAUUCAACCCCAGUUGAAUCCCAAACGGAGCCUGUCAACCAAUUAACUAUCAUGUAAUGGCAAUAGAAAGUAUGUCAAUCCUAACACAAAGUAAUCCGUACUGUAAACGUAACAUUAAACGUGUUUUAAACUAACCCUAAGCCAUAAGAGAGCACACUGCAAGUAAACUGUUACGGACUUCGAUGAUUCAAAUUCAAAUCCCCCUGCAACCGGAACCGGAUUAACGGAUCGAAUUCCUAUCCCCGAUGUUCCAACUAUUACUGUUCCUUCGAAACCGUCGGAAGGAGCGACAUUUGCCACUCGAUAAGGCGCAAUAGUUCAUAAGACAAACAAUAGAUAUUGCGGUAUGAGUACAGCCACCCCGCUCGUACCCAUACCGUAAUAAACCGGAUCAAUUAUCAACCAACCAACAAACAGUAAACCAGAGCGUAAAGCGUAUUAUAAACAGGCGUACACAAACUGAUUGGAAAAUCGUGCAACAUUUUCUGUUUCCUAGAAGUUUUGUUCUAAAAAUUUCACAAUAUAACCAUAACUGUCUGCAUCCCCGUGAUGCGGGCAACAAUCGAAUACAGCGCAGUCAAACUACACAUAAGUUCUCGUAAAACUGCAUUUUUCUGUUACUCAAACUGCAAUAACCGAAUAUAUAUGAUUAAUGGAAUUAUAUAUACCAACAAUACAAACACAUAACUCAAAACAAAAUAUUGAAUGGCAAAUGUCGCAAGUAACUGACCGCAUUCAAAUUACGAAAAAAUCGCAAUACGCUAACCGAAUUGAUGGAAAAUCGUAUCCUAAACAAAAAGAGAAAAUGGUGAAGGUUCACAAGAGUAAACACUAUAUUAAAUUUAUCUGUUCUAGUCAAUCAGAAAGAUCAGUCACAAUAUGUAAUUGCAUAUCUACCAGGUUGCUCUACCUAAUUCAAACUAAAUCGAGCAAACAUUUUAACUAAUACCGACGUCGAAAUUCGAAUGUAUUACUCUAUUGAACCAGUUCAGCAAAUCAACAAGGUUAUCCAUUCGAAAAAAAGACAUACACAUAGAACUAUGAGAAAAAUCGCAAUCAUUAUAUAACGGUAUAGAAGAAGUAUCAAAGGUAUAAGAGAAAAAAGAGUAUUACAACCUAUACAAUUCCUACUAAAAAAAGGUACUCUAAACUAUGGGACUUCCUUGGAAGUCACCCUAAAAAACCCCUGAACUCAAAUUCCCAUACUUGUUAUAAGCUUUUUCGUUACCAGAACUACAUACUGAAUGUUUGCCCUUUCUUCCCUUUUGAGUUAAAUUGCAAAAAAAAAAUCAACUCACCACUCUGAUGAUGAUGAUGAUGCUGGCCAAAUCAAAAACGAGGAGAGCUGAAAAAACUCAUGGAUAAAAUUAAUGAAAAUCAAAGUGAAUCUACUAGGCACAAAAGAAGCAUACCUACACUAGCGAGUCCUGGCCUGGUGGGGCACCAAAAAGCGCGGCCGAAAAGUUCGAUCCAUUUUGAAGCAUAUAAGUGAAUAAAGAUUUUAAGUUUCAUUCAUACAGUGAGUAUUAUAACAAA